GGCAGUGCGCCCAACAGCGGACUCCGAGACCGGCGGACCUCGGCGAACCGCGCUCGCUCUCAACCACUCACCCACCACUCUUGGAACCAUGGCGGCAGUGGCGGCAGCUUCAGCUGAGCUGCUCAUCAUCGGCUGGUACAUUUUCCGCGUGCUACUGCAGGUGUUCCUGGAAUGCUGCAUUUACUGGGUAGGAUUCGCUUUUCGGAAUCCUCCAGGGACACAGCCCAUUGCGAGAAGUGAGGUGUUCAGGUACUCCCUGCAGAAGCUGGCGUACACGGUGUCGAGGACCGGGCGGCAGGUGUUGGGAGAGCGCCGGCAGCGAGCCCCCAACUGAGGCCCCAACCCCCAGCCCUGGGCGGCCGCGUCACCAGGUGCUCCUGUGCUUCUCGGCCAGCAUGGGAGCCAGUGCCGCGCAGGAAUGGGGGGUCCCCUGUGCUCUCUCGCCAGAGGAGCAUUUGCCAAGGUCAGUGAGGGGCCGGUAGGCCCCCGGAGAAGCAGCACCGACAAUGAUGACAAUACCAGAUCCCUUCCAAACCCCUUUGCGCCCCUCUGACCACUGGGUGGGGUAGAGGGAGGAGGGGGGAGCAGACCCCCGAGAUCUGGGCACAGGCAAUGCAUUCUGAUCUGGACCAAGUCGGGACAGCGCCAACCCAGCCCCGCAGCCAUGGCCAUGCCAGCAGGCCCCACCACAGAGAUCCAGACAACCAUACCAGCCAGCAGAAUGGACAUUCCAUCAUCACCAGCGGAAGCCCUGAAUCUCGAUGCAGCAGACAAGGCGCCAACUGCGUGCCUGUGUGGCGGGACUGGAGGGCAAGAGUGAGGGAAGAGGGUUAAGAAAUAGAGUGGGGCCCUCUCACUGUCCCUUGCCUACAACACGUGCAUUCCAGCCUUGCUGCCUUUGCUCCCUCGAUUCCCCUUCCCCCCCCCCCUCACUGCCUUCUAAGCCCACCCCAAAGAAAUGUCACUCAAUUUGGACUUAUUCAACCAGUAAAUGAAUCCCAUCUUUACUAAAACACCUUCUCCGAGCCCCUAGCCCCUCACUGAUCUUGCUUUCCCUGGUCUCACGCAGUUGUGGUCAAUAUUGUGGUAAUCGCUAAUUGUACUGAUUGUAUAAGUGUGCAUUAGUUGUGUCUCCCCAGCUAGAUUGUAAGCUCCUGGAGGACAGGGACCACCUCUACAAAAAAUAAAAAACCAGUACCUCC